AUGUUAAUAAUAAAAGCAAUCAAAAAUAACAAAUAUAUCUCACUGGAUGCCAUAAUCAAGCAGAGAUGUCCAUCAGCUUCUGUAAAUAUUCAUGCAGGUCGAUCUAGAUCGUUUGAAAUUACCGUCAAUGGAAAAUUAAUUUUUUCUAAACUAAAAUGUGAUCAUUUUCCUUUAACAGAAGCUAUCAUUUCUGAAUUGAUUGAAAUUGAAAAUAGUGCAACACCAAAAGAAGUCAUUGAAUAUGAAACAUCCAAUUGUAAUUUACUUUAA